AUGUACUCCUACGUCUGCCUGCCGCCUGAGGAGGGCAUCUGGCCUCGGCUGCAGUCCCUCACCUACACCUACCUGCCCGCUCCCCUGCUGCUGCCGCCCAUCCAGACCCACAACUUCUGCAGCCGGCCGGCCGGGCUGAGCGCGGCCCCGCGUGAAUUCCACUGCUUCUACCGUGCGACCCUGGCCUCCACGCCGCCCUGGUGGUUCUUCCCGCGGCCGUGUGCCGCGACCCUUGGCCCGUCGUUCCCCGCGGCCGGCGCGUCAGCACCAUCCCAGCCCGCGCCCGACGCCGAGGGCUGGGGACAGUGGCCUGAGGGCGGCAGCCUGCAGCUGCGGCUGCGCUGGGGAUGCGUGGAGCGCACGCGGGGACGGCCCCUGCCGCUGCCAGACGCGGUGCGCCGCGAGCUGCGGCGCGUGUACGGCACCUACCCACGCACCGACGUACGCGUCACCCGGCGCGGCAGCCAGUUCUUGCUGCAGGCCGCGCCGCGCGUGGGCGAGCCCGAGUACCAGGUGGCGAGGCGUGUAGUGCGCCGGCCGGCAGGCGGUGGGGACGGCGGGGACGGCGGGGACAGCCGGGCCGCUCCCGAGGCGGUGCAGCGUGGCCGCCCCAAGAAGAAGCAAGGUCUGCGCUGA